CAGGUGUGCAGCUCCUGAGACGAAAUGAAGGUCAUGAAGGUUGAACUGAUCGCUCAUCAUGUCGUCUUUAUCCUGCUGGCUGCCGCUGUGCAAUGCCAGGUCAACCCAGAAAUGUGUCGAUAUCCCCUCGGUAUGACCGGUGGGCAGAUUCAGGACGAGGACAUCUCUGCGUCCAGCCAUUGGUCGGAGUCCACUGCUGCCAGAUUCGGCAGAGUUGAUUUAGAUAACGGAGACGGGGACGGGGCCUGGUGUCCUGACAUCAUGUCAGAGCCGGACGGCCUCACAGAGUACCUCCAGGUGGACCUGCGUUCGCUGCACUUCAUCACGCUGGUGGGCACCCAAGGUCGCCACGCCGACGGCAUGGGUAAUGAGUUCGCCCAGAGAUACAGAAUCAAGUACAGCCGCGACGGCAGCAACUGGGUUGGCUGGCAUGAUAGGAAGGGGAGGCAGGUCAUCGAGGGGAACAGGAAUGCGUACGACGUGGUUCUGAAGGACCUGGAGCCGCCCAUCAUAGCGCGUUACGUCCGCUUCAUGCCUGUGACUGACCACUCCAUGAUAGUGUGCAUGAGAGUGGAGCUUUACGGCUGCCAAUGGCUGGAUGGCCUGAUGUCUUACACCAUUCCAGAGGGACACCAAAUGAUCUACAGAGGCCUGGAUGUCUACUUCAAUGACUCUGUGUAUGACGGAGCAUCAGCUGAAAGACUGACAAAGGGCCUGGGCCAGCUGACAGAUGGCACCUGGGGACUGGAUGAUUUUCUGCACAGCCACAUAUACGGCAUGUGGCCUGGGUAUGACUACUUGGGCUGGAACAACAAGAGCCUCCCCAAAGGUUACGUGGAGAUGAUCUUUGAGUUCGACCGCGUCCGAAACUUCACUUCCAUGAAGGUCCACUGUAAUAACAUGUUCAGCCGAGGGGUGAGGAUGUUCCGUCAAGCCACCUGCUACUUCCGCUCGGGACCGGACUGGGAGCCUGACCCGGUGACCUUCAGGCCCGAGUUGGACCGCAUAAGCCAAGGCGCCCGUUUCAUCACCGUUCCCCUUGGCGACCGCACAGCCAGCGCCAUCAAAUGCCGUUUCCACUUCAGCGACGGGUGGAUGCUGUUGAGUGAGGUGGCCUUCCAGUCAGGCUCUGCCGUGUACAACACAUCUCUGACUCCUCGAAAACAUGGACACCCCACAAACCUAUUGCCAGGAGAGGAUCCGUUUCAUAAAGUGGACGACAGCAACACCAGGAUCCUGAUUGGCUGCCUGGUAGCUAUUAUAGCAAUCUUAUUGGCUAUCAUCGUCAUCAUCCUGUGGAGGCAGGUCUGGCAAAAGAUGCUUGAGAAGGCCUCCCGUCGCCUGCUGGACCAUGAACUCACCGCUCGCCUGGCGGUGCAGACGCAGGCUUUCUCCUCCCUCCACUCCUCUCUGACCAGCGAUAGCGGCUCCACCUCCAACUCCACCUACGAGAGCAUCUUCCCCCUCUGCUCCGACUACCAGGAGCCUUCCCGCCUCAUCCGGAAACUCCCAGAGUUCGCUCAGUCCACGGAAUAUCUCGGACCCAGCAUCUCCCCCAGAGCCCUUGCAUCCAGCGGGUUGGACGGAGCCCCCCACUAUGCGGAGGCGGACAUCAUCAGCCUCCAGGAGUCUGCAGACUGCUACUCCAUCACGGCCGUCAACAUGAAUCUCUUCUCUGGAACCGAUUCCUCCAUGAGAGAGUUCCCCCGACACAAGCUCACCUUCAAGGAGAAACUGGGAGAGGGCCAGUUUGGAGAAGUGCACUUGUGUGAGGCCGAGGGCAUGCAGGACUUUCUGGAUGAGGAUUUGUCCAUAGAGGGAACCAACGAGUCCCCUCUGCUGGUCGCUGUGAAAACACUGCGGGAAGAUGCCAACAAGAAUGCAAGGAACGACUUCCUGAAGGAGAUCCGGAUCAUGUCCCGCCUCAGGGAUGCCAACAUUGUGCGUCUGCUGGCGGUGUGUGUGGACACCGACCCGUUGUGUAUGAUCACAGAGUACAUGGAGAACGGAGACCUGAACCAGUUCCUCUGCAUGCUGCGACUGAAGGAGGCCGCUGGUGGAGACAAGGCAGAGCCGGAGGAAGAGGAGGGGGAGAGUAUGGUCAGCUAACGUAACUCAUCGCCAAUGGCUGUGCAGAUGC